CAUUAAACAUAUUCUUAUCGAAGUCCACGAAAAUAAAACAUAAUAUUAAUUACUUUUACCGAAGUUAUAAAAGGCAGAAAUAUCUAAUUGCCACAAUGAGAAGUGGCCUGGCUGGGUGCAAUGUUACGCAGAGAGCUGUUCGUAGUGCUGACCACUUGUCUUGCCUUGGCCGCGGCCAGGAGAUCUCCUCACUAUGAAGACAUUGACGAAAUAAUGAGAACUUUUAAUUCACGCUGUUCAGAUAGCGUACUUGAAGACGCAAACUUAGAUGUGCCCGGCCUUAUUAGAAAAUAUCGAUACCCAGUGGAAGUUCACAGUGUGACGACAGAGGAUGGCUAUAUAUUGGAAAUGCAUCGUAUUCCUUACGGAAGAGACGCUAACAAUGAUCCGAAUAAAAGAAGAACAGUUGUGUUUGUGAUGCAUGGACUGCUGUCUUCGUCUGCUGAUUUCGUCAUUAUGGGUCCAGGAUAUGGUUUGGCUUAUAUCCUCGCCGAGGAAGGUUUUGACGUGUGGAUGGGUAACGGUCGCGGUAACUACUACUCUCGCAGACACGUCACACUGAGCCCUGAUGCACAUAAGAGCAACGUAUUCUGGAAGUUCUCUUGGGAUGAAAUAGGAAACAAGGACUUGCCCGCUAUGAUUGACUACGUAUUAGAUGAGACCGGAGAGCAAAGACUACAUUAUGUUGGACACUCACAGGGCACCACAGCCUUCUUCGUGUUGGGAUCAAUGUUGCCUGCUUAUAAUGCCAAAAUUAUUUCAAUGCAUGCAUUGGCUCCUGUAGCAUACAUGGCUCAUAACAGAAAUCCUCUUUUUAAGAUGUUGGCACCCUACUCUAAUAAAAUUGAACGUAUUGCCUCUUGGCUCGGAUUGGGUGAGUUUUUGCCUCACAGGGUUAUCUACACAUGGGCUGGAGAAGCAUUAUGCCGGGAUGAAGUAGUCUUCCAACCGUUGUGCAGCAAUAUCCUAUUUUUAAUUGGUGGAUGGAACGAAAAUGAACAAAAUACGACCAUGCUGCCCGCUAUUUUUGGCCACGUUCCUGCUGGUGCGUCGGUGAGGCAACUCGCUCACUAUGGCCAAGGAAUCUCCGGGAAAGAGUUCCGUCGUUACAAAUAUGCGUCUCCACUGGAAAAUUUUAUAGUAUACAGGUCAUUCAAACCACCACGUUAUGAGUUAUCUGAAAUUACAGCUCCAGUGUUCCUUCAUUACUCUGACGCCGAUCCGUUGGCUCAUGUUAAAGACGUUGAUAUAUUGUUCAGGGAAUUAGGAAAACCAGUUGGUAAGUUCUGGGUUCCUGAGUCUGGUUUCAGUCAUAUCGAUUUUGUAUACGGUAUAAACGCUAAAGAGUUGGUAUACAAUAGAGUCAUACGUUUUAUCAAAGCUAUGGAUGCCAAUGAAAUUGACGUUGAUGGUGACUAUAGAAACACCGAUUACGGAUUACAAAACUAAAUUAUACUUAUUGGUCA